CCCGAACCGCGACGGGAACCCGUUUGCCACCACAGAGAGAGAGAGAGAGAGAGAGAGGUUUAUCAUCGAUUCAUCUCCCCUAACCCAGUAGACGAAGGAGAGAGAAAUUAUAAAACAGAGUUAGAGAGAGAAACAAAAACCAUUGUGUUCCGAAUUUCCACACUAAAAAUAUUGGGUGUUCAAUUCAAUCCCUUCAUUCCCUGAAACUAACCAUUGAAUCCAAUCACGUUCAUCAUCAAUACCUCGGGUCGUGUGAUUUUUCAAAUUUCAUACAUAGCUGCAGUCUCAGUCUCAGGUUUCUUUCUUCGAUGCUCUAGGUUAAAGGUUAUUUCUGAAGUGCUUGGAUUUUCGGUGUAAGGUUUUGUAUGAGAUAUAGGAUUUCGUAUUUGAUGGAUGAGAUCUGGGAGAGGGCUGUGGAGACGGCGUUAGACGGCGAGAAGGACCACGCCUCGGCUCGAACGAUAACCCUAGACGGCGCCGUUAAGUGUGUCCAGGGACGGUUACCACCUCCGAGCCUUCUGGAGAGGUUCGAGAACCUUCAGCACCUGUCGAUUGCAAACGUCGGCGUUUCGUCGCUGGAGCAGUUCCCGCGGCUUCGGAAUCUUCAGAAGUUGAACCUCUCCGACAACCGAAUCGCCGGUGGACUCGAGUUUCUGGUCCAGGCUGGGUUGGAUUCACUGCGGGACCUUGAUCUUUCCAACAAUCGGAUUCAGUAUAUUGAGGAUCUCGCGCCACUCGCGCAGGUGAAGCUUGUUUCGCUGGAUCUGUAUGAGUGUCCCGUUACGCGGGUUAAGGAUUAUCGAUCUAGGGUUUUUGGGUUGAUUAAGUCUCUUAAGUACUUGGAUAAGAUGGAUGCGGAGGAGAACGAGAGGCCUGAGUCUGAUGAUGAGGACGAAGAGGAGGAUGAGGAGGAGGAGGAGGAUGACCCUGGUAGUGGGGAGAUUGAUGGGGAAGAAGAUCGAAACUUCGGGAUGAACAACGGGCACAGUGAAGGGGUUGAUGGAGUUGUUGAUGCUGAUGAAGAUGAGGAGAGUGAUGCGGAUGAAGAAGUGACGGAGACGUCGAGGCAGAGGGUGAAUGGGUUGAACAGCCAACAGGAGAAUGGGUUUCGAGUUGCGCCCGUGGUUGGGAAUGAUGUGGAGGAGGAUGAGGACGAGGAAGAUUCUGGGGAGGAGAUUGAUGAGGAGGGUGAUGAGGAUGAUGUGGUUGAGGUUCAUGAGAUUGAUGACAGCGAUGAUGAAGAGGAUGGGGUUGAGUAUGAUGAGGAGGAUGAUGACGAUGAUGACGACGACGAUGAGGAUGAUGACGAGGAAGAAGAGGUUGACAAUGAUGAAGGGGUUUUUGCAGAACCUGAGAGUACUGGACGGUUGACAAGCACGGAAGGGGAGAUUGAUGGGCAUGAACAGGGUGAGGAAGAUGGAGAUGAAGAUGACAAUGGGGAGACUGGCGAAGAUGAGUUAGGGGUAGAGGAUGAUGGAGAGUUUGAAGAUGACGAUGAUUUGCUGGAAUCACAGGAAGAAGACUAUGGUGCUGGAUAUCUUGUUCAGCCAGUUGGACAGGCUGAGGCUCUCAAUGCUGGGCGUGCUGACGCUGAUGGCGGAAAUGAUGAUGGUGAAGAGCAGGAGGAAGUUGAUGAUGAAGACAAUGAUGAUGUUCAGGUGUUGCCUCCUGCCUCUUCACACCCCAAGAGGAAGAGGGAUGAUGAUGGCGAUGAAGACGAGGACAAUGAAGAAGAUGAAGAUGUGGAAGCAUUCAAAAAGUCAUCCAAGAAGCAUCAUUGACGCGCCAUUCUAAUAUAUCUCAUGUUCUUGUUCUGUUGAUUGCUUCCAAGUAUUGGAAGCCCUGAAAACCUCAGUUUACAUAGAACGGUUAUGGUUAGUUAUUUAGGUAUUUAGCUCUCUUGAACAGAGGACAUAUUAGGGAAAAGAAUUGUAUGUUGGGUGGAAAUAUAUCAAGUUAGUUCAAAAAGUCGUUAGUGUUUUUUCCCUCUUCCCUUUCACAGUAGCCGUUGCUCUAUAAAAUAUUCAAAUGGCAGUUAUCAGAGGUUUACCGCUCAUGUGCUUGAUGCAGGUUUUGGCUUUGCAAAGGAACUGGCUGAGUGGCUGGCUGGUGCCUGGAGGGAAGCAAAGGGUGGGAACCUUUUAAAUUUUUGUUUUCAAAUCUCUAGUUUAUUGGAGCACUUUUUUGGUGGGACAAAAAAAUAUACAAAAAAAGAAAAAGAAAAAGAAAAAGGAAAAGCUUGUAAAACACCUGCAGAUAGUUCUUAUGAAAAUGAUUCGGAUCAAUCAAAUUGGGUGCGUGUUCUAAU